GAUCGCCGUCAGCUACAGCUGAGCAAGUGGACGUGCCAGCGGAUUGGCUGGCACAUUGGUACGCUCAGCUGUAGCUGCGCUGACGUAUGCGCUGUACGCGGUGGUUGUCUGUUCCACCAUGACGAACCCAAUGGCCAUCAUCGGUCUAUUGACAGAAGGGAUGAUGUGGAGCCAGACGACGUCUCAGCGGAGCAUAUCCCUGACAGAAAUAGCCCUAUUUAUUGGUCUAAUAGAGGGCGGAAACUUUGUGAGCAGUGCUAGAUAAAAAAUGCAUGCAUUGGCCGAUAAAUAUGAAUCUCACUUCAAUGCUAAAUCCCGCUUCACGUGGUCUGACACGCGGGAUAUUUUAGCAUCGAGGUAUUUAUCGGCCAUCAAAUUUUUUAUUUCAAACAGCUAGCGCACUCAUAAACAAGGUUAUGAUAUAACCUUGUUCUCUGUUAGGACUCCAUGUGUGGUAAAAAUACAUGUAAGUUUAUCGUGCUCUUGGGGACAACUGCUUAAUUUUUUGACACUGUCAGUUUCCAUUGCAACUAUUUAUAACUUGGCUCUUAAGUAAAUUGAAUUCUUUUUUUUUUUUUUCGAAAUUUAAAUUAGGGAUUGUUGAAUGACAAUUUUUUUUGCGAUUUUACUUUCCACCAAUAGAGGGUCUAUACAAAAAUAUGCUCAAAUUUUUUUUUUUUUUUUUAGUGCUCUGUUGAAUGAAAAAAAAUGAUACCCAAGUUACAACUGCACGGAAAUAAGUAUUUUUGGUUACAAAAGGAAUAUUUUAAUGUUUAAAGAUUUUUUUGAGAGUGUGUUGUGUACUGCAUAGAUCUACAUGUAGAUUCACCAUAGGCAGGGUUGUUGCAGUGAAUACAUGUACUGUAAAUGUAAGUGAGAUGUUUAAUUGUAGUCCCACAUGUAGACUCUCAUGGUAUGGACCGAGUGUAAUAUCUUGUAGUCCCAAGAUGAGUCAGGAAAGAAAUUAAUAUUGUUAAUUUUCAUGAUAGUUUCCAACUUAAUAAUACAAUAUCAGGGAAACUUGAAAAAUAGAUGGCUACAUGUAUUUCAUGGAUGUAAAGAUUUGUGAAAUUUCAGCAACUUUGGGGGAAGUGUUUUUUUUUCAUGCCAUCAAACGGUUAUCAAAACGGGUAAACUUUUACGCUUAUAAUUAUUCUUGACUCAUUCUUAAAAAACCCCAUAUAAAUUUCUUACAAAAAACCAUAACCUGUCAUUUUCAUAAGUGAAAAAAUAUCAAUGGUGCCCCAAAGGUGAUCCUGAUAGUCAUGUUGUGCAAUAUCAUUCUGGUGGCAGGCCGAUCCCUUAGCAAGCCAAUUGCGAUCACCCUAUUAGCAUGAUUUUUUUCUUGCGGGAUUUGAAAAUCCAUGUAGUUUGGAAAUACAUGUAUGUGUUGAAACCUCUUUAAAUAUUUUGUAAUCAUCAAUUAGUGUCUUUUCUCAAAGUCUGUUGAACACAAUAGGAGCCUUGAUUUAAUAGGUAUUGGGAAUAUCUCAGUAUUCAUAAAAAUGUUUUUGACUUGGUUUUACCAACAGAUUGUAUAAAAUCCAGAUAUAGGAAGGACGUAAAUUACAGGGUAUUCCUGCCUUGUUCUUUCUUUCAUAGAUGUUCUACUCAAAUGCCAGUGUGAAGCAAGUUGAUGUUCCUUCAGGCACCGGAAGUUUUGGUAUUCUUGCUCAACAUGUACCAUCAUUAGCUGUUUUGAAACCUGGCACGAUCCUAGUCACGGAGGAUGACGGUUCUAUUAGCAAAUUCUUUGUGAGCAGUGGUAUGAUCACAGUCAAUGAUGACUCAUCUGUCCAGAUUCUAGCUGAGAUGGCUGCUCCGGUGGAGGAUCUUGAUUCACAGGCAAUCAAAGAAGGAAUGACCAAGGCCCAACAGGAGCUGGCUGCAGCAGCCACAGAUCUUGCCCGUGCUGAGGCUCAAAUUGCUGUGGAAGUUCACGAAGCGAUGGACGCUGCCGUCAACAAGUAGAUACCUUUACAUCACCUGCCUGUUUUUAGAGAAUUCAUGAAGCAGAGUUCCCAAGACCCCACCCUUCACACACAGAUGGAAUCUGGAAUGAUGAUUGUGAUCUAAUUACUCAUCUGAACAAAGAUUCAUAUUACUUUAUUUACCGAAAUCACCACACCAAGUAAUAAAACUCUAAGCACUGAAACCUUGGAUAUAGAAGAUCGAAUACUUAUUAUUGGUUGCUGUGAUAUCUCUUUCUUACUUAAUCUUUUUAGUAUGGAGUGAGCGUCCAUGGGUACUGCUUCAGUCUGUGUUAAAAUGCUUACAAGCACUUUCAAAGUAUUCACGAGUUAUGUAAAUCUAUUUGCAUAAAUCUUGAGUAACUGUUCAACCGUGAUGAACAUUGUUACAUUGGCCAGAAUGACCUCCUAACUUAUCUCUGCUUCUUGCUUUAUGAACUGUUUGUUCCAAACGAGUAUGUGAUUAAUCCCUGUAAUGACUACAGUGUUAUUUGUUAUGUAUAUGAAAUAAAUGAAAAUGAUAUAUUGA